AUGGCGUCAAAUGAGCCUGCUGACCCUAUCGCGAGGGGGGUCAUUCCUGCUGCGCGUCAAGCUUUCAAAGAUUUGUUUAUCUGGAAGCAGCGCGUCGAGGUGACCAACGAGCACGGAGAGAAGCAUGUAGAAUGGCAGUCCCCUGAACCCAUCCACAACCCCAUCAGACUAAUGGCCCAGCUGUCGGCUAGAGACUGGGUCUUCUUUCUUGUGGGUCUUGCCGCAUGGACCGCUGAUGCAUUUGAUUUCCAUGCGCUCUCUAUCCAAACCAAGAAGCUAUCCGACUACUACGGUCGUUCCAAGACAGAUGUGACAACUGCUAUCACGCUCACACUGCUGUUGAGAAGUGUUGGUGCGGUGUUUUUUGGGUUUGCUGGUGAUAAGUAUGGUCGCAAAUGGCCGAUGGUGCUGAACAUGAUCGUGCUCGGGAUCUUGCAAAUUGCUACGAUCUACAGCCAAACGUUCCAGCAAUUUCUGGCAGUGCGCAGUCUCUUUGGUCUGUUUAUGGGAGGAGUGUACGGAAAUGCUAUUGCGAUGGCGUUGGAGCAUUGCCCUGUGAAUGCUAGAGGUCUCAUGUCUGGAAUUCUUCAGCAAGGAUAUUCCCUGGGGUAUGUGCUGGCUGCAUGUGCUAAUCUCGGAGUCGGUGGUUCUACUGAUAGUUGGAAAACGGUGUUUUGGGCUGCAGCUGGGAUGUCCAUCGGCGUUGGAAUCAUCCGCAUUUUCUUCCCUGAAUCGAAACAAUUUCUUGCUGCCAAAAAGGCAGGGAAAAGAAGCAUGAACGCAUCCGAGUUCUGGAAAGAGACCCAAGAUAUGUUGGCCAAGGAAUGGAAGAUGUGCAUCUACUGUAUCAUCCUCAUGACUUGGUUCAACUACUACUCCCACACAUCGCAAGAUUCAUACACCACUUUCAUGCUCACGCAAAAGGAGCUCAACAAUUCUGGUGCUUCAAGAGCGUCUAUUAUAAUGAAGACCGGAGCCUGCGUUGGUGGAACAAUAAUCGGUUAUUUGUCACAGUUUGUUGGCCGGCGCCGAGCUAUUGUUGUUUCUGCCUUGAUUUCUGGAAUCCUCAUCCCAGCAUGGAUUCUACCAACCGGAGAGCCAGCACUCAGCGCAACAGGCUUCUUCAUGCAAUUCUUCAUUCAAGGUGCCUGGGGAGUCAUUCCCAUUCACCUCAAUGAGCUGUCUCCCCCGGCAUUCCGGUCUUCGUUUCCAGGUAUCACUUACCAAGUGGGCAACAUGAUCAGCUCUCCCUCGGCUCAGAUUGUCAACGCCAUUGCCGAGUCGACCUGGGUCACGACAGCAUCGGGCCAUCAAGCGUCUGCCUACGGGCCUGUCAUGGGUGUUGCGACUGCUAUCAUUGCUACGGGAAUUGUGGUCACUACAGCCUUUGGACCUGAGAAACGCGGUCGUCGAUUUGAACUGGUUGUUGCUGCCGUGGAUGAGCAACCCAACGCCAAGACUGUGGAUGUGGAAGUGGGUGAUGAUCACAACAAGGGGAAAGACGAGAUGAUUGAAUUGGCAGAUAAGAAGACGUAG